AUGAGCGAAAAAGCGCGGGCGCGGGCGCGGGCGAUCGUGCUCGAGCGCUGGCCCGAGCGACGCGGCGACGCGCGCCUGUUCGAGCGCGACGUUUCGACUUCCGUGGGAGGAAGGCGACUCGAACCGUUGAUUUUGGUCGACGAGGAAACGGGCGAGUGCGUCGGAUGCGCGCUCGCGAUCGAGACGCGCGGCGGACGCGGGUUCGAGGACGCGACGUGCGUGACUUUGGAGUCGGUGAUCGUCGCGGAGAGGGCGCGAGGGAAGGGUUUGGGAUCGAUGCUGAUCUCGCGCGCCGUUGAGUACGCGCGGACAGCCGCGGGCAUGGACGCCGAGGUGGUGACGGUGCACUGCGAGCGUGCGUUGCUUCCGUUUUACUCGAAGAACGGGACGUUUGAACUCGAGCCGGCGCGUGGGCGCGAUCGUGAGGAUGAUGAGGUCAUCAUGCGAUCGUUUCGCUCGGCGGCGGUUCGCGAAGCGUGGAAGCGGACGUUUUGA